GAUCUGCUAUUAGUAGAUAUUACUUCAGUAUGCAGCGGCAUAGUGGAUGGAAUUUUGAAUAUUUCUAAAGUCAUUGCUUAUUCCCCUGCUGGCUUUAUCGACCCAUCGUUAAGUCGAUUAUUUCAUAUUCCUGCGUCUCCUUCUUACGUUCCAACUGUGAUAGUAGAUUAUUCCAAUAAGAUGACAUUUUUUCAACGUCUUCAUAAUAGCCUUACUUAUGUUGCUAUGGUUAUACUGAGAUCCGCAUUUGAUCCGUCUGUACAGGCAAUGUAUGAAAAAUUGGUUAAUUCAUCCUUUAAAAGUUACGGUCAACUUCGUCCUAGUAUGCUUAUUGUUAGUACAGAUUUUGCUAUAGAUUAUCCACGUCCUAUCACUCCGGCUACUAAAGUUGUUGGAGCUUUGUUACCGCAUGCUCCUUUAAAAUUACCCCAAGAAUUGAGCGAUUUUGCCGAGUUAUUACAUAAUGAUAGUCAAGAUUUCGCAAUUGUGUCUUUUGGAACGCUAGUUUCCAAAGCAAUGGAUAAUAUUAUUGACUUUCAAGCUAUAGGUCGUGUACUAUCACGAUUGCCGAUGAAGGUCAUUUGGAAAUAUCAUCAUCAGAUUGAUGAUUUAGGUGAUAAUGUGAAAGUGGUAUCUUGGUUUCCACAAAAUGAUUUAUUAGCGCAUAGAAAUUGUAAAUUAUUUGUUACUCAUUGUGGAUUGAAUAGUAUGUAUGAAAGUGCAUAUCAUGGAGUGCCGAUGGUGGCGGUGCCAUUAUUUGCAGAUCAACCAUCUAACGCUCAGCGAAUUAAAUCGGCUGGAAUAGGAGAAAUUGUAUUGUUUAAGGAAUUAAAUGAACAAUCUUUAAACGAUGCCAUUUUAAAGGUGUAUAAGAAUCCAGAGAUGGCUACGAAAUGCUCUACAAUAUCUAAUAUAAUGAGAGACAGACCAGGUAACCGAACACCUGUUGAAGAAGUUGGAGACUGGAUUGAGUUCGCAAUAAGACACGAUGGCGGGCGUCAUCUAAAUCUUGCAGCAUCGCAAUUAAGAUGGUACGAAUUGUACAUGAUUGAUGUU